AUGCCUUCGCGCAAACCCAGCAAGUUUGGGAACAAGUUCCGAUCCAGCGCGGCAUCUUCAAAUCCUCGACGAACGAAAACGGUCGAAUUCGGAUCCCUCCGCUCCAGCGAAGCAACCUCUCAAGAUGAGAAAUUCGAGGCCAUUCGGUUGGCCAACAGCAUCGAUGAAUCCCUGGGUUUUCCGCGGUUCGAGUCCGGCGAGACGAGAGCCGGUUGGCUCAUCAACAUGCACAGCACCACGAUACAAGAUCCAAAUGUAGCGGGCGGUCGUGCAGGUGUCGACUACUAUUUCCUCCAAGACGACGGCGGGAGUUUCAAGGCUACGGUGGAAUAUGAUCCCUACUUCCUGAUUGCGGUUAAGAAAGGCCAUGAGAUGGAAGUGGAAGAGUGGUGUCGGAGAGCCUUCGAGGGCUUGAUCAAGAGUUUCAAACGCCUGGAAAAAGAAGACCUGAACCUUCCGAACCACUUGCUUGGACACCGGAGGACAUUCAUCAGAUUGAACUUUGCCAAUGUGCCCAAUCUGCUCGAGGUCCGCCGUACUCUGCUUCCUUUGGCAGAGAAGAACAAGAAAAAUGCAAAUGUGAUGGAUGCAUACGUCGAAAUGACCAGUGCCACAACUGGCUUCGACCUUUUUGACGACGAAAUAAUUAAUGAGCAACGACCUAAUGGCAAUGUGCAAGCGAGUGAUUUUAUUGUUGAUAUUCGAGAGUACGACGUUCCGUACCAUGUCCGAGUCUCGAUUGACAAGGAUAUCCGAAUUGGAAAAUGGUAUGAUGUGGAGGCUAAACACGGCGUGAUAUCUUUGAAAUGUCUGGAAGAACGACUCCAGCGUGCCGAUCCUGUUGUCCUGGCCUUCGAUAUUGAGACGACGAAACUUCCUCUCAAGUUCCCCGACGCGGUGAUUGAUCAGAUCAUGAUGAUUUCGUACAUGAUUGACGGGCAAGGAUUCCUGAUCACCAACCGAGAGAUUGUGUCUGAGGACAUCAACGACUUCGAGUACACCCCAAAGCCGGAGUAUAAUGGACCUUUCAUCAUUUUCAACGAGCCCAACGAGAGAGCUGUCAUCGAGCGAUUCUUCGAGCAUAUCAAGAUCGCCAAGCCAACAGUCAUUGCCACGUACAACGGUGACUUCUUCGAUUGGCCAUUCGUGGAAGCGAGAGCAAGCGUCCAGGGAAUUGAUAUGUACAUGGAGAUUGGCUUCCGCAAGAACAGCGAGGACAUCUACCAAAGCGACAACUGUGUCCACAUGGACUGUUUCGCAUGGGUCAGCCGUGACAGUUACCUCCCUCAAGGAAGUCGUGGUCUAAAAGCCGUGACCGUCGCUAAGCUUGGCUAUGACCCCGACGAGCUUGAUCCUGAACUGAUGACGCCUUAUGCGAGUGAACGCCCCCAAACUUUGGCCGAGUACUCCGUUUCCGAUGCCGUUGCCACGUACUAUCUGUACAUGAAAUAUGUGCAUCCCUUCAUCUUCUCUCUGUGCACCAUUAUUCCGCUCAGCCCCGACGAUACCCUGCGCAAGGGAACUGGAACUCUGUGCGAGAUGCUGCUCAUGGUCGAAGCCUACAAGGGUGAGAUUGUCCUGCCCAACAAACACAAGGAUCCACCAGAGGCUUUCUACGAAGGCCAUUUGCUCGAGUCGCAGACCUACGUUGGUGGCCACGUCGAAAGUAUCGAAGCUGGUGUCUUCCGCAGUGACAUUCCCACAGGAUUCAAUGUUGACCCCAAGGCAAUCGACGAGCUCCUUCGCGAUUUGGACCAUGCUCUCAAGUUCAGUAUCGAAGUUGAAGAGAAAAAGUCCCUGGACGACGUUGUCAAUUUUGACGAAGUGAAGGCUCAGAUUGCCGAGAAACUGCUUAACCUGAAAAACAACCCGAGCCGCAACGAGGUUCCCUUCAUCUACCACUUGGAUGUUGCCUCUAUGUACCCGAACAUCAUGAUCACCAAUCGUCUACAGCCCGACUCCAUGAUUGAUGAAUCAGACUGUGCUGCUUGCGACUUCAAUCGCCCCGGAAAGACUUGCGACAGACGUAUGCCUUGGGCUUGGCGUGGUGAAUUCUUGCCCGCAAAGCGUGAUGAGUACAACAUGAUUCGACGGGCGACCACUAAUGAACGAUUCCCCAGCCAGAGAAAGAAUGGGCUGUUGCGAUCAUUCGCUGAUCUCAGCAUCGAGGAACAAGCCGGUGUUGUGAAGAAACGCCUCCAAGACUACAGCAAGAAGAUCUACCACAAGAUCCAUGACAGCAAGACCAUCGUCCGAGAGGCAAUUAUUUGCCAGAGAGAAAACCCAUUCUAUGUCGAUACCGUGCGAAGCUUCCGUGACCGACGAUACGACUUCAAGGGCAAGCAGAAGGUCUGGAAGAACAAGACCGAGUCACUGCAAUCAUCCGGUGCUUCUGCAGCUGAGAUCGACGAGGCGAAGAAGAUGAUCGUUCUCUUUGAUUCGCUGCAACUUGCCCACAAAGUCAUUCUGAACAGUUUCUACGGCUAUGUCAUGCGAAAGGGUUCUCGAUGGUAUUCCAUGGAAAUGGCUGGCGUCACUUGUCUGACGGGUGCCCACAUCAUUCAGAUGGCGCGAGAGCUCGUCGAACGCAUCGGUCGUCCGCUGGAGUUGGAUACUGAUGGUAUCUGGUGUAUGUUGCCUGGCACCUUCCCAGAGAACUUUACCUUCACUCUGAAGAACGGCAAGAAACUGGGUAUCUCAUAUCCUUGUGUCAUGCUUAACCAUCUCGUUCAUGCUCGAUACACGAACCAUCAGUACCAGGCUCUUGUCGAUCCAUCCACUUACAAGUACGACACCUACAGCGAGAACUCCAUUUUCUUCGAGGUCGAUGGACCUUAUCGGGCAAUGAUCCUGCCAACGUCGAAAGAGGAAGACAAGAACUUGAAGAAACGAUACGCCGUAUUCAACCACGACGGGUCUUUGGCCGAGUUGAAGGGUUUCGAGGUCAAGCGAAGAGGAGAGCUGAAGUUGAUCAAGAUCUUCCAAACUCAAAUCUUCAAGUUCUUCCUGGAAGGAAGCAACCUCGCGGAGACGUAUGCUGCAGUAGCCCGAGUUGCCGACCGAUGGUUGGAUGUGCUUUAUGAGCAUGGAGCCACAUUAGCGGAUGAAGAGCUGAUCGACCUAAUUUCAGAGAAUCGCAGCAUGACAAAGACCCUCGAGGAGUAUGGUAACCAAAAGUCCACGUCCAUUACCACUGCGAGACGUCUGGCAGAGUUCUUAGGCGAGCAGAUGGUCAAGGACAAAGGCCUGAACUGCAAGUACAUUAUCUCUUCGAGGCCAAGAAACACACCCGUUACCGAGAGAGCGAUUCCCGUCACUAUCUUCUCCGCCGAAGAGAGUGUCAAGCGCUUCUUCCUGCGCAAAUGGCUGAAGGACGACCCCGGUGAUAUGGACCCUCGGUCUAUCAUUGACUGGGACUACUACCUGGAGCGUCUUGGAUCCGUCGUUCAGAAGCUCAUCACCAUUCCAGCCGCUCUUCAGAAGCUGAGGAAUCCUGUGCCUCGUGUCGCUCACCCGGAUUGGUUGCAGCGUCGAAUCAACCAGAAGGAUGACAAGUUCAAACAGAAGAAGAUGACUGAUCUAUUCGAGAAGUCUGAAAAGGCUCCGCUUUCCACGAUAUCCACAAACAUCCUGGACCAUCGUGUUCAACAUGCGGGUGACAUGGACGAAGUCAUUGCGCAUUCGACACAAAAACUCAAGUCCUCUCCCGACGGCAAGGUGGCUCAGAAACGAAAGCACCCAGAGGGUAUCACCAAGACAGCCCUUGAUCCGUUUGCUAGUCUACCGGCAGUGAUGCCUUCGAUUACAGAAGACUACCAAGGCUUCAUCAAGUACCAGAAACAGAAGUGGAAGAUUCAGAAACAAGCUCGUAUUCGUCGCCGCCAACUGUUCGGCGAGCGUACCAAUGUUGCAACAGAUGGCUUGAGCGGUUUCUUCCGAAACCAGGCUCAGAUGCUCUACAUCAGUACUUGGCAGGUCCUUCAACUAUGCGAGACAGGCCGACCGGGCAUUGUACGAGCCUUUGUGCUUAUUGACCAGAAGAUCCACGCUCUCAACGUCAAGGUUCCCCGACAGUUCUUCGUGAACUUGCAGCGCGAUUCCUUGCCGGACAUUGAGGUGCCAGAUUGCGAGGUCGAGAAGGUGAACCACACCCUGCCCAAUGGACAUCCGUCGGUCCAUCUCUUCAAGCUGUCAUUGUCAGAGGAUAAAUUCCUCGAUGAAUCAGACAAAAUGGAUGCUCUGUUCCAGCACCCAAGUAUUGAAGGUGUCUACGAGCGGAACAUCACCCCCAGUCUUCGAGCAGUGCUCAAGUUGGGAAGCCACUGUACCUUUGAUGAAGAACAGCGUGGUGUCCUUGGUGAUGGGCUGGAGAAAGGAUUUGAUCUCGCCACGCUGCUCCACACCACUUCAGACCAGCCGUAUCUCAUGGAUUCUCCUCUAGCGUACCAUUACCUCUAUCACGUCGCUUCUGGUGAUCGACAAAUCUUUGCUCUUUUUUCGACAACCAAGAAAGAGGCGCAUAUUGUCAUUCUCAACCGUACGAGAGAUGUGCAGGGUUUGCCGAAUGUUGACAAAAUCUACUCGGAGUUGCUGUCGCGGAAAUUGCAGGAUGCUUCAAGUGAUGAAUCGCAGAAUGCAUUCGAGUACCAGGACAAGAUUCAUUUCAAGACUAUCCAGGUGAUGACUCGACGAAAGGCUCACCUCGAAGUUGGCGAUUUGGUCCGUAAGCUUCGUAGCGACGAGGCCCAACCUGCCAUUUUGGUCAUUCAGUCUCAACAAAAGGAUCGCUUAUGCCAUGACAUCCCGAUUUUGAAGGAGUAUCCGACUUUGUCUGUGAAGCCCGAAGUUUCAGAUAUGGAUCUCCCACCACUUGGGUGGCAGGCGUUCAUCGCCCGGCGUAUUGUGACACACUAUCUGUACCUGGCAGCCUGGGUUCAGCACUUGACCCUGCUCGCACGAUACGGUGACGUUCCACUUUGUAACCUGGAGACCGAUGAUCCUCGGUUCCUCAUUGAUGUUGCAUAUGCCCGACGCCUCCAGCAGAGUAACGUUGUCCUCUGGUGGUCGAACGGACCCCGGCCAGACCAUGCUGGCUUUGAAAAGGAUGACAUCGUCGGCCCACUGGAGAAAGUCACCAUGCCUUCCGUGAAUACACCGAGUGCUUACUCAACGGUGUGUAUCGAACUGGAUGUGCGCAACCUCGCUAUCAACACCAUUCUUACUUCUUCCAUCGUCAAUGAGAUGGAAGGAAACGAUUCAUUGCUAGCACCUUCUGGGAAUGGAGGGGACGACUCUGGCGUUUUGUACUCUGAGAAGGCGUUUGCGUCUGCUGGCGCUUUGGUGCUGCGCGAGAUGGUCAAGAACUGGUGGACUGAAGCUUGUGCGGGCAACAGCAUGGCCGACAUUAUGGUCCAACAUUUGAUUCGAUGGGUAGAGAGCCCUGUUUCCUGCCUCUACGAUCGGUCUUUGCACAACUAUGUCCGGCUGCUCUCGCGCAAAUCGUUCCAGCGAUUGAUGGCCGAGUUCAGACGAGUUGGCUCCAAUGUCAUCUUCGCCAGCCCGACUCGUCUUCUACUCCAGACAACCAAGACGGAGGUGGGCAAUGCCUACGCCUACAGUCAAUACGUCUUGAAGUCCAUCCGAGCCAAUCCCUCGUUCCACUUCAUCGAUCUGGAUAUCAAGGAGUACUGGGAUUACCUUGUCUGGUACGAUGAGUACAAUUACGGUGGUAAAGGGUGCCGAGAGGUGGUCGAAGCCGAAAAGCAAGAGCUGGAGACAGUGAUGCACUGGCAGCUCAGUCGAUUUUUGCCGACGCCUAUGCAGACCAUCUUCCAUGACUGGGUGGUCGAGUACAUCGAGCUGAUGCAUUCAGCUAAGCAUCCGGAUCUCCAGGAGAAUGAAAUAUCCUCCACGCCUCGCCUGACCCAGAUCCCCAUUGGGAAACCCAAUGAUGUUGAUGACGAAGGCCUCACUGCCAUUCUCGCGGAGCGAUUCUCAAAGCCUUUGAAGAAACAAAUCUCCGGUCUUAUCCGUCGUCAACGUGAUGAGCUGCUCCAUCCCGAGCUCGCCUCCGACUAUGCCUUCCCCGUCCUUCCCGGUGUGCUCGUCGAUCCCAAGGGAGACAAGCGUAACCCAGCUCUGGAGCUUGUCAAGCUGCUCAUGCAGGUGCUGAGUCUAUCCAAGACCACCACACUUGAGUCUCGGCUGCUGCGCCGCGAGCUGCUGGCUCUCUUCGAAGUUCGCGAAUUCAGUAAAGAGGGUCGCUUUGAGAACCCUAGUGCGAACCUGAAACUGCCCGAGCUUACCUGCAACGCUUGCUGUCUCAUCCGUGAUCUAGACCUGUGCCGCGACGAAGACGUCCUUCCCGACCCGGGCACGGACAACAGCAAAGGUCCCAAGCCGUGGCGCUGUCCCUUCUGCCAGACGGAAUAUGAUCGACUGGCGCAGGAAGAAAUCCUCAUUGGCCAGGUGCAUGGCCUGGUUGUCGAAUGGCAGACGCAGGACCUGAAGUGCUCCAAAUGCAGCACGCUCAAGGUCAGCGAGUUUAUGGAGCACUGUUCCUGCAGUGGCAAAUGGGCUACGACGGUUGAUCUCAAGGAGACCGAGAAGAAACUCCGCGUGUUGCAGAGUGCUGCCAAAUUCCACAGCUUGCAACUGUUGGAGGGUGUGGUGGAGGAGGUGCUGGCUCGCCUGUAG